AUGAUCUUUAAAAGAAGAUUGAGAAUUCUAUUAAUAGCGUUAGCUUUUAUUGUAUCAAUUACAGUAAUUGUAAGGUGUAUAGUUCAUUUCCAAUUAAGUAAAGAGAUUACUUAUUAUAAGAAUUAUUUUGAAAAGAGGAAAGAUGGUAUUCAAGGUCUUUUCAAUCCAUUAGUAAUUAAGCAAAUUCCACAAGAGACGAUAGAUUCUAUUUAUAAAAAACAAUUACAAAAGAAAACUAGUGAAAAAAAUGCUGUAGAUUGGGACAAAUUGGCCUAUGUUAAUUAUGUUACACACGCUUCUUACCUUUGUAACUCAUUGGUAAUGUUCAAUUCAUUGAAGAAAUAUGGUACUAAAGCGAAGUUAGUAUUACUAUUAUCAAAAGACAUAUUAGAACAAGAUUCAGAGGAUGGCACAAAACAUUCUAACAAACUUGUUAAAAGAAUUCAAAAUAUAGACAAGGAUCAAGUUAUAGUGAAACUAGUAGAUAAUAUAGUAAAACCAAAGGAUUAUACACCAUGGAAUCAGAGUUUAACUAAACUUUUAGUUUUCAAUCAAACCGAAUUUGAUAGAAUAGUCUACUUAGAUAAUGAUGCAUUGUUAAAGAAUUCAUUAGAUGAAUUGUUUUUCAUUCCACAAUAUAUUAAAUUUGCAGCACCAUUGACCUACUGGUUUUUAUCUGAGAAUGAAGUUAACGAUGCCUUUAGAGAAUUGAAAUAUCACGAGAAGAUUCCAACAAAUUUGAACGUAUACAUUAAAAAGUUGGACGAAAGAAUUGAGAAAGGUCAAAUGAUAUAUAAUCAUCUACCGUCAUUACCGUCUAGUUUGUUUUUGAACACGAAAAAUGUUGCACAGGAAAUUAUAAGUUCAACUUCAUCUGCAUCACCUUUAUUUGACUUCACAAACAUUGGAAAAACCAGUAAACUUAAGUUUGCAAGUAAUUUAAUGGUUAUUAAUCCAUCUAAAGAAACAUUUGAUCAUAUUAUGAAUGAGGCACUGCCUAAGAUUCUUAAUAAAAAGGAAAAAUAUGACAUGGACCUAAUUAAUGAAGAUUUAUACAAUUUGAAAAAACAAGUAUCUAAACAAUUUACGUUAUACCGUAGAUUAACAACUGCAUUCAAACCAGAAGUUUUAGUAUUGCCAUUUAGUAGGUACGGUUUACUGACUGGUUCAUUAAAAAAUCAAAAGCAAUAUUCAAUUAUUGAGGAUGACAUGUUAGGAUACAAAAGAAUAAAGGAAGAUGGAGAGCCUUUAGAGAAAGAGCUGACUGAAAUAGUAGAGGAUGCAAAAUAUAUACAUUAUUCAGAUUAUCCACUAGGAAAACCUUGGAAUUAUAAGAGCAUUAACGAAAUUAAAUGUGUCGCAAAUAAGAAAUCUAAAACUUUUGAGCAAGAGACAAAGGUCUGUGAUCUCUGGAAUUCUAUUUAUGAGGAAUUCAUGAAUGAUGCAAGUAUUUGUAAUUAG